GGUAGAGUGAAAACGACACCGUUUCCAACUCCCGCGAGCAAACGAAAUCCUUUUUCGUUCUCGUUGCUUUACCACUAGUUUAGCUUAGCGAACGCCGCUAGACGAAAAGUUUUCAUUUUUAUCUUCUAGAAAAUGAAAAUGGGAACUCUAUCUAUGUUGCCUCUCUCUUUCUCUUGUGCGCUGACACCACGAAAACCCUAUCUCUCAAACUCUAUUUUAUGGUCUCGUGCUUCUUUAUAUUCCCUCAAAAUGGCAAAAAUGGGCACCAAAAGUGUUGUUUUUGGAGCAAAUUCAAGUGACCCAAAAGAGUCAAUGUUCAUGAAUGAGAAUGGUGCUAUUAAUGACAUGGAUGGCUAUCUAAAUUACCUCUCUCUCGAGUAUGAUUCUGUUUGGGACACUAAGCCUUCCUGGUGUCAACCAUGGACGAUAACAUUGACUGGAGUCUUAGCAAUUGCUGGUAGCUGGCUAAUUUUGCAUUCAUUCUUAUUUACAAUGGUCAUAAUUUUGUUAGUUUGUGGUUGGUGGUACAUAUUUCUCUAUUCUUACCCCAAGGCAUAUGUGGACAUGAUAGCCGAGCGAAGAAAGAGGGUGAUGAAUGGUGUUGAAGACACAUUUGGUGUAAAGAAAAGGUGAUAACUAGAUCUAAUCUAUCUCUUUUUGGAGCUUCUGUAAGCAAUUAUAUUUUCACUACUUUUCUUUGCCAUCUUUAUCUUUGUAACAGAAAAAUGUAUUAGUAAAAUUAAUUGCUGUAGA